AUAUAUAUAUGUACUUUAUGUAUUCGUUGAACCUAUCCUAGCUAUUAUCUGUUCAAUAUAUAUAUGUCGUUAGGUUCGCUUUUCGUUCCAAGUUAAUGCAUGCGAAAAAAAAAAAAACAUAAACGAAAAGGAAAUCACAAAAAUAAAUCGAAACAUUGCAUUGAAAGCUGUCGACUACCAUCUUGACCUACAUAUAUAUAUUAUAUAUGCUAUGUAUAUCUAGUAUAUAGUCUAAUAUCUAGGUUGGAUUCCCAGAAGCGUCGCAUAUCCAAUAUUAAACUUAUUCCGGCUGCGAUAAGCUGACGCAGAUAAGUGGCUGAUUAAUCGGUUUUUUUUUAAUUAAUUAAAAAAUAGCAAAAUUGCGUUGUCCAUAAAAGUCUCGCAUUGUCAGCUGCGUUCCAACAGUCAACGCCAAACAACCAACAUGAAACUACUCCACUUGCUGCUUAGCCUGUGCCUGGCCUUUCUGCUGUGCUCCGUGCCGCUGAUCCAGGCCCAAACGGUGCCAUCCAUUUCGACGGCGGCACCCACGCCACCAAAUGGUGCGCCCGGCGCCGAUUCCGGUGAGGAUGCUCCACCUUUGCCACCCAUGCUGACAACAGUAAAUGUGCCCACAAUAGACACAACCUACGGCGAUUACGCUGGAUCUGCUUGAAUCCUAACGGGGUCAGGAUAUACGCUCGGCGUAUGAAAGUUUAAUAAAUUUGCAAUUUGAA